CUACCAACCAUUGCCAGUCAAAAUCCUCUUUGCUACCAUAAGCCCACACCCAGCCUGAUACUUGGAUUGGGUAAAGAGCGGCAAAACAUGAGGAGCUCCCACUUCAGCCAAGCCUCCCGAUAAUAUCAAUGUUUCUUCUAUUCAUACCCUGAUCACGCUUGAAACCCUCAGAUCAAUUCUCAAUGAGUGCAUCCAUAUGCCAUUGCGUCUAUCUUGUGCAUCGAAUCUCCAUUUCCAGAGACAUUGUGACCGGUUGUCAAACUCGUCUAUCAUUCUACCGGUAAUCCCUAAGUUAUCUGACAUCAGCUGCUAUGCAUAUGCAGUCGGCCGUGCCAAGCCCAACCCCAGACGAUCCACAACUUUUCUGCCACCCCACAGUCAACUCGCAACUUUCUUCCUCUCUUGUCAAGCCAAGAUGGCCGCCCCAAGACGCGACCAUGACUCUAGCAAGAGAAAACAUGAUGCAGGCUUAUCCAAAGAUGCCGACACUUCAAAGCGAGCCCGAACGAAAUCCGCGCACCCUACGAACCCAUCCCUCAUAGGCCCCCACGAACCCAUCGUCGCCGAACUCGCGCCAAAGUACGACGUCCUCGCCGCCUCCGUCAUAUCUUCCACCCAGAUCCGCAAGCGCGUCACGUACAUCGCCAGUCAUCUCCUGGCCGAAGCCGAGCAGCCACGAGUAGGAUUACUAUAUGCCCGGACCGCGGACGUGUGCAAGUUGAUCACCGUUGUGGAGCAUUGCAAAAGGGUCCUCAGCGAGGAGGGCAGAACUUGCUACCAAUACAACCAACUGUUUGAUCUACCGGAGGAAAACAAGAAGCGAGACGUUGUGGAGGAAACUGUCCUGGAGAAGGGAAACGACGAUGACGAGGACAGUGACGACUUCGAAGUUAUGCACAGUCGGUUCGAGGAUGCCGUGCUCCCCCGGCCUUCGACCCGUUCUGUCAAGUCAAUGCGGGUUUUCCUGUCGGUUGCUCCCGUCCCCGAGCUCAGGUCGAAACGGGACAUUACAUCUCAGUCCUGAGCAGAGAAAAGAGGGGAUCACGAGGGAUAAAAGGUCUCGGACGUGAUGGGAGAGGACCCACGACGUGUGGGCCACAAAAUUUCGGUGACCCGAUCCAGAGAAGCUUCGGCAUAGUUGGCGUUGGAAGGCAAUUGCAUGGAUUGUGGGCAGGAUAGCAGAAUUUUCGAGAUACCCAGGUCAAGGAUCAAAACAUCCUGUUUUU